AUGGCCCCUCCAGAUCCCAAGAAGCGCAUUGUCGUAUGUUGCGACGGAACUUGGCAGGACAGUGACGGUGACUAUCAAACCCCAAGCAAUGUGACUCGCCUCGCACGCGCAAUUCCCCCUGUUGGGGUCGAGAAAACCAUGACUGGAGACCAUCCUAUCUCGCAGAUCAUAUUCUACCAGAAUGGCGUUGGCACAGGCUCGAACUCGCUCUACGACAAGUUCGUCGGGGGUACCACAGGGGAAGGUCUGGCCGAGCACAUUCGAGAAGCGUACAGUUUCAUCUGUCUCAACUACAAUCCGGGAGACGAGAUCUUCCUUGUGGGAUUCUCGAGAGGCGCCUUCACCGCACGAUCUAUCUCCAGCCUGAUCAAUGCAGCAGGUCUGCUGACAGCCAAGGGGCUUGAAUACUUUGUGCAGGUCUUCGAAGACUGGGAGUUCCAGCAGAAAAAGAACUUCCAAACCAAAUGGCCGAAUCUGCCAUUUGUCGGACAUAAGCCGCCGGUCACAGACCCGCACUAUCAACGACAACUCAUCGAGAAGGGCCUGACGAGACCGAACAUCAAGGUCAAAUGCGUCGCCGUCUGGGACACGGUUGGUGGUCUGGGUAUCCCCUUGAUCGGACUGCUUCCACAACCACCCAGCACGGAUUUCGCGUUUGUGGAUACACGAGUGGAAUCAAACAUUGAAUACGCUUUUCAAGCGCUGGCCUUGGACGAGCAUCGCCGCUCAUUCUCGCCCACAAUCUGGGACUGGCCACGUGUGGAGCCUCACGACCUCAAAGUUCUCAAGCAGACGUGGUUCCCCGGCGUGCACAGCGACAUUGGAGGCAGCUACGACGAUACGGCGCUGGCGAACCUGACACUGGCGUGGAUGGUGUCACAGCUAGACCCAGUGUUAACCAUCAACCACGAAUACAUCAUGGAGUUGGUUCGGCCGGACCACGCCGACGCGGUCAAAGGCCACCAGUCGUUCACUCAUGAAGGUCGCGCCGUCACCGUCCGCAACACACGUCCUCACCUCCGGCCGUGGGGGUUGGGUAAGAUCCACGACAGCUUCACACUGUUCUUCAAACUGGGAGGAUCUCGCGUUCGCGCUCCAGGCGAGUAUCGUGAGCAAGAACUCGGCUCGCAGCAGGGCACCGUAGUCUGGAUCUUCAUGAAUUUGAGCAGUCAGCUCAAACGAAUCUUGGGAAUCAAUGAUUCCCGUUCUUCCCAGCUUCUACCACGACUCAAACGGACGAAUGAAACCAUCCACUCCAGCGUCCGUAUCCGCAUGGGCAUGGAAGGUCUAGGGUAUAAUGACAAAGGCAAAUAUGACUGCCAGGCCUUGCAAGGCUGGGUGUUGUACGGCAGAGAGACUGAACCAGACACGCCGAUUGCGCAGACCACGCCUGGCGCCGUGGGCAAGAUGACUGGCGUGGUAUGGAAGAAAACAGUCGUUCCUGACAAAGUAGUGGAUGGUGGGCAUGACGACAAUAACCUCAACAAGAAGAAGAAAACAGCAAAAACAACCUAUGUUAAGGGUCAGAAGAUGCAUGAAUUCGAGCUUGUGGAAGAACCGUUGGGUUUGUUUGAGCACAGGAUCCUCCAGUUAUGGCCGGAAAUCAAUGCUGAUUUCGACUCUAUCGUCCCCGGUCGCCAUGAGAAUAAGGUCAGUAAGUCUUCCACAUAUCCUAUUGAAUGGGAUCGGCCGCAUUAUGGUCAGGCGGGCAGCGGGAGUGCGAGAGGUCUCAGCGACAGUGGUAUCGGAAGUCAGGGCAGCACCGCGGUGAGAGACAGCUUGAGAUUGGUGACCAAGGAUAACACGCAUGAGACCACCUAA